AUACGCGAGCGCUGGCGGUGAACGAUAUCGAGACUAUCAUCGUCGUCGUCAUCAAGAGUGCGUGCUGCGUGUAGCAGUUGGCCCAAGCCUGGUCUCGCUACAGAGAUGCCCCUCGCCGUUCGCGAUAAUUGCGACGGAGCGAACGUGACGGCGACGACGACGUGCCGGAAACCCACCGUCCCGGCGGGGAUGUGAGCGAGAGGAAACGCGCUCGCGAGAGCGCCGCGCGGCGUCGUCGUCGUUGACUACCAGCAACCACGGCGACCUGGCCGGCCGAUCUCGAGGGGUAAGAGACGCGCGUGUGUUGUUACCGUCGUCCCUGUACGCGGUGUAUACGAGCGACUCGCGUCCGCAGGAGGCGGCGAGCCCGAGCGGGAGCACGAUGGCGGACUUCGACGCGAUCUACGAGGAGGAGGAGGAACACGAGCAGCAUCUGGAGGAGCACUACAUCGCGAUGGUGCCGGACCCGAUCGUGAUUCGCGGGGCUGGCAACAUGACGGUAUUUGGUCUCAGUAACCGUUUCGAAUCGGAAUUUCCCAACGGCCUCAUGUCCCGCGUGGCUCCAGAAGAGUUCAAGGCGACUGUUAUGAGAGUGAACAGUGUAUUAAAGAAGACUUUACCUGUUAACGUUAAGUGGUUAUUCUGUGGUUGUGUAUGCUGUUGCUGUACUCUAGGAUGUUCACUGUGGCCUGUCAUUUGCUUGAGCAAGAGGACUCAGCAUUCGUUAAACAAAUUGUUGGAAUGGGAGAAUAGUAGGCUCUACCAUAAACUCGGUUUACAUUGGAGGUUGGCAAAACAGAGAUGCGACAGCUCCUCCAUGAUGGAAUAUGUUCUUUUGAUUGAAUUUAUUCCAAAGAUUCCAAUCUAUAGGCCUGAUUAAGCAAUGGGUAGUCGUGCA